CUAUGAUUUAUGACACGGAACUUCUGAGUGCGGACCAUUUUUUCAUCUGCAAAAUGUCCACACGAUUUAAAUUUAAACAAUCCAAUUUCUAAUGUAAUACAGACCGGUACCCUUUUUAUCGCGAACUGGCGGUUGGGAACCACUGCAGUACAAUAUACCUAAUGUAUUAUACAAAAUCUGAUACAUUCUUAUUUCAUACACUGUUCGGUAUUCAUUUUCAUUAUUUUAUUAUCCUUUUUUGUGUUACCUAUGUCUCAACGAUACACACGAGCUCAACUGACACAAAUAUCAUACAUAUAAGUUCCUCAACCAAGUAGGUACAUUAAGUCUAUGUCUGUUCAUUGUUGUUUAUAUUUAUUAUUUUCGCACUUACUAAUAUCCAUUUAAAAAACCAAAGAUUAAAUUGAUGCAAAAUACCCCACUUAAAUUUUUACGAUUAGGAAUUAUAAAAUAUUUUAAAUUUAAUCAAUGGUUCUACUUAAUAAUUCUACAUUGGUCAAUUAUUAUAACUAGUAUCAAACUUCCAACUAUGAAUUUACUAUUAUCUGGAUUGGAUGGGAAUAGAGUAUAAUAAUAUAGUGAAUAGUGUUUUCAAAUAUUAAUACUCUAUUAUUAUUAUAAAUGUAUACUAUUAUAAAAUAUAACCAAAACGUUUUUAUACAUUUCAUUAUUAUUAUUACUGUUCAUUUUCAUAUUAGGUAUAGAAUAAAUAUAUUUUCAUUUAAUUUUAGCAAGAGAAAUGCAACAGACUAGUGCUCCAACAUCUGCUGAUGCCUGUUUAAGUAUUGUUCACAGUUUAAUGUGCCAUCGACAAGGAUGGGAGAGUGAAGGAUUUGCUAAACGAGCAAUCGAAUCAUUGGUUAAAAAAUUAAAAGUAAUCUUUUAAUACAAUUGAAUUUAUUGCUAGCUAAUUAAAUAAAUGUUUUUACUAUAAGUAUAAUAAUUGCUUUUUUAAGUAAAUUAAUUAAUUUUUUCAAUUUUUAGGAAAAAAGAGAUGAAUUGGACAGCCUUAUUUUAGCUAUAACUACAAAUGGUUCGCAAACAAGUAAAUGUGUUACAAUUCAAAGAACAUUAGAUGGUCGGUUACAAGUAUGUUAUAUUUAUAUUUUUACUAGGCCUAUCAUUUUAAUAUCAGCUAAAAUAAUGUUAUUAGCUGUUAAAUUAAAUAAUUCAUUUUAGAUAAUAGUCUUUUAAGGAGAUCAGUAUCCAAUAUGUAUUUUUUUUAUUUAAGACGUACUCAGCAUAGUAAUUUUUGAUCAGUUUUUUUGAAAUCAGUCUGAUUAAUACAAUAAAGCAAAAUAAAUUUUGAAAAAUAUUUCAAUUUAGCAUGACAUUUUUCAUGAUAACUUUCUAAUAUUAGUAAUGUAUUUCCAAAAAUUAAAUUUUAAAAUUAAAUUUAUAGUUUAAUGGCCAAUCUCAUUUACACUUAGUGUUUAAUUUUUAUCUGUUUACAGAAUAUUAUUUUGCUAUAUGUGACAAUAGGUGCGUACUGGCUCGCCGGUGGUACCGGGAAUUUCCUAGUGGACCCUUCUCAUAUAGGCAAUUGAUUUAUACACAUUUUCCUACUCCUAUUUCUUUAAAUUACCUAUUGUAGCUUUGUGAUUUCUUAGAUAGGUAGGUAGGUGGUACUUGAAGAAUCUUUAAGAUUGAUGUUUAUAAGUGGGUCCUAUUUAAUAACUUCCCAGUACAAAAAUAGAACCCAGAAUGCGUCUGUAUGACAAAGAAAUAAAAUAUCGUCAUCUAAUCCCCUCAAAUGUAAUUCACUCAAUAUAAAUUAUUAAUAUGGAAUGUCAAUUGUAUUAUGUAAUUAAAUCUCUAAUGCAUAAUCUUUUAGAAUUUAUAAUUUUCUAAUUAUUAUUUAAAAAAUACCUGCUCUAAUAUUACCUAGAUCAAUUUUUGCUUGAUUUAAACAAAUGUUAAUAAUUUUAUUUUAUUUAAUUAUAGGUGGCUGGCCGCAAAGGUUUCCCUCAUGUCAUUUAUGCAAGAAUUUGGCGAUGGUCAGAUUUACACAAAAAUGAGCUCAAGCAUUUAAAAUAUUGUCAAUAUGCAUUUGAUUUGAAAUGUGAUUCUGUGUGUGUAAAUCCAUAUCAUUAUGAACGAGUUGUAUCACCAGGCAUUGGUAAUUAUUUGUUUAUAUUUACUUAUAUGUCUGAAAGGUUAAAAUUUAAUAUUUUAAUAUUUGUUUAAAAAAUUAUAAUUAUAUUUUACGGUCUACUUUUUUCUUUUUUUUUUAGAUCUAAGUGGCCUAACACUUCAGAGUAGUACAUCUACUAACAACCUCUAUCCAAACAUCCAACAUUUAUCCCAACAACCCACUGUUUCUCAAGCUGCUGUUGGUAAGAAUUUAAAUAUAUUUUGUCUAAAUAAAUAAUUGCAUAUUAUCAAUUAUAAGUAGAAACUACCUCUUUUUAAUUAAUUAAAACUUGUGUUUGUUUAGUACAUUUCUAUUUUAAAAGUUUGCUUAUUAGUAUUGCAUAUGUAAUAAUGUACAUAGUUAUUAGUAGUCAUGAUUUUUUGUAGAAGAUAUUGAUAUGUAUGAGACUACAUCCCAGCAGCAACAACCAUCCAGUAAUCAAAUUGGUUUGAAUUCUGAAGUGCAAAUUAAGACUGAAACGUGUAAUGAUUGGAUUUCGGGUACACCAUCAUAUGUAUCUUCCACUAGUAAGUGGUUUAAAUUUUUUUAGGAUUUUUAAUACUUUGAUAUGACCAUACAAUUCUAAUUAUAAAUUCAUGAAAUAGGACUAUGAAGUUAAUUAUAUAUAUAAAUAUUUGAAGUAAAAUGUUGAUCAUAUUCAAAUUCAUUAUUCUGAAAACUUUUAUUUACAUGACAGGAAUUUAAAUGAUAUAACUUAUUAUAUCAGGUUUUUUACCAAUAUCCAUGUUAAAGAUAUUCACCCUUAUUCACUAUAACAAUAUAUUAAAUUUUAUUGAGACCGUAAAUCAAUCUAUUGUCAAAGCUGGGAUCCCAAGAUAAAUACUAUACAAAUAUUCAUAAUUUGUUCUAUUUUUAAGGAUUAUUAGUCAAUAUACAAGCAUAAAUAAAAUAAUUAUCUUAAUAUAUUAAUUAUUACAUCUUAAUUGUGUUAUUAUAUAACUGUUUCUUGUUUUUUAUUUAAAUUUAGUGAAUUGUGUUUUACAAAUUUUGUUAGCUAUAAAGUAUAAUUUUUUUUGGUUUUAAGUCUUAUUUAAUUUUAUGCAUUUUUACUAUUUUUAUAUUUUUGUUUUUUACUUUUGCCUAUUGUUUUACAUUGUUGAUUUGGUAGUAAAUACUGUUAAAAUGUGUGCAGAAUAUAGCUAUGGAACUAUUAUUUAAUAAGGUUUGUCUUUACAAAAGGGGGUUGAAAAUAAGGUCAAUGCUAUGAUACCUUGUUUGGUGAAAUGUAGUUUGUGUUUGACGGUGUUAUGCUUAUUAGAUUGUAGAUAAUCUAUAAUAAUUAUUAAUUUUAUGAAAAUCUGUUAAAUUACGUAAUAGGUUUGAUUAAUUAUAUAUUUGUUUUAGGACCAACAAGUAUGCCAUUACAAAACUCAAGUAUGUUCUCAGGACAAGAUAAAGAAAAUCUAUGUAAGCAUUAGGCAUAUUAAUUAGUGAUAGAUACAACUUACUUAUCUGUAUCCAAAUCUAUUUUUAUCAGACCAUCUGUAUCUAAACAAAUUUUAAUCAGAACUAGAACUAAACUCAAAUAAAUAUUUUAAAUGCAUAGGUAUAAUAUUAAAAUUACUAUUACUUAUUAGUAGGGCUUGAAAUUAUAUGCACUAGAAACUUACAAAAUAUGCAUGCAUUUAUGCACUUAUUUUUAUUCAAAUCUGCACUUAAAAUGCAAAAAAAUAUAUUCAUGAUAGUUUAAUUUAUUUAGUUUAAAAAUUUAACGAUUGAUAAAAUAAUUUAUAUUAAAUAAAAAAUUUACUAAAAAGUUAUGCUCAAAUAUUUUCUCUUAAUUCCAAAACAUAUUUACAAACAGACUUUUAGUUUUGUUAUUUUAUUGUGAAAUUUGAAGUAUGCUUGUACAAAAACUAAACAAUUACUAGUUUUUGAUUAUCUUUGUGGUACCUUCAGUAAACUUUAUCUUAUUAUAUAGGGAGCUCAUAAUAAACAAUUAUCAAUUGGCAUUUGUCUGAUGGUUAAUUUAUGGGUAAAUACAAAUUAAAUGUAUCCUUAGAUAUUAGUAUUAUUAACUUAAUACUAUUUUUAUUUUCCAUUAUAUGCAUUUUUUUUUUUUUGAAAAAUGCUAAAAUAUGCAUAAUAAUCAAAAAUUGUCUAAAUAUGUAAAAUUAUGCAAAAUCAUAUUGUGUAUACCAACAUAUUAGUCUAAGAUUCAAAUUUAUAUCUUACCUAGUUACUGUUUAAUGUAAAAAAUAAAAAUAUGCAAUGCAUACAAUUCCGGGUUCUACUUAUUAGUAUUACUGUAUUCAAUUUGUCUAAUUGAAUAUUUAUUGAGAUUUCUAUAAUAGUGGUUCCCAACCUAUGGUUUAUGUACUACUGGUAGUCUGCGAAACAUUGUGGUUUACAAAACGAUAUUUUCAAACUUGAAAAAAAGUAUUUACUGCGUUAAGUGAUAGUGAUUGUUGGAAUUUAUUAGAUCAUUAAUUUAUAAUUUUAUUUUUGUAGAUCACGCUACUUAUUUAUUAUUAGGUAAUCUAAAACACAGUUGAGAAAAAAUAAUAAAAAAUUCAGGAAUAUGAUGUGGUUCAUGAUUAAUCGAAAGUUCUCUAAGUGGUCCAUUGUGUCGAACAGGUUAGGAACUAUAAUAUAGGCUUAAAUUUUCAGUAUAUAAAAAACCAAUUAACAAGUAAAAGUAAUACUUUUGUAUUGGUUUUCAAACAGAUUGUCUCAGUUAUUUUGAUUUAAAAUUUAGGUUUUAAAGUUCGAAAAUCUUUAAUAUUAAUUCUCUAUCUAACAUAUUAUUAUUAUAAAAUAUGUUUAUUUAACUUAUUCAGUACCUAAUCAAACAAUAUCACCACAUGAUUAUCAAGAACCUAAUGCCACUAUGCCCAGUACUACAACAGGCAAUCGACCCAUACUAAGUACACUUACCUAUACACAUUCAAUGCAACCUCCACAUCCAGCAUUCUGUGUGUAUAAAUUUAAUUUUUUAAGCUAUUUCAAAUUAAAAUAGAUCUCUUUAACUAAAUUUUUGUUUUAUUACAGGGGGAAAGUCUGAAAUUGGAUUAACUGGUUUGUUAUCAUCUCAGCCAGCUCCUGAAUAUUGGUGUUCAAUUGCUUAUUUUGAAUUGGACACUCAAGUGGGGGAAAUGUUUAAAGUAACAUCUGCUUGUCCACAUGUCACUGUUGAUGGUUACGUUGAUCCGUCUGGAAGUAAUCGAUUUUGUUUAGGAGCUCUUAGUAAUGUGCAUAGGACUGAACAAAGUGAAAAAACUAGGUAAAUUUAUUUAUUUCUGAUUUAUAACGUUAUAUAUAUAUUUUAUACUGUUAAAGCUAAUACUUGGGUUACUAUGAAAUAAUAAUGGUUGUUACAGAUUGCAUAUUGGAAAAGGUAUCCAACUUGACCUUAUUGGAGAAGGUGAUGUUUGGUUAAAAUGUCAGAGUGGUCAUUCAGUCUUUGUACAAUCAUAUUAUUUGGAUAGAGAAGCUGGCAGAGCUCCUGGAGAUGCAGUCCAUAAAAUGUAUCCCCAUGCAUAUAUUAAAGUAUGUCUUUUUAAUGCGUGAUAUAAAUGGUAAUCAAUUGUGAAUGUUAAAAACAAAAAUAAAAAAUAAGUUUUAAAACUAUUUAGGUUUUCGAUCUAAGACAGUGUUAUAGGCAAAUGCAUCAACAAGCUGAAUCAUCACAAAAUGCAGCUGCCACUCAAGCUGCUGCAGUUGCUGGACAUAUAGCAGGACCUCAUAGUGUAGGAGGUAUUGCUCCAGCUAUAAGUAGGUUUUUUAGUUAAAUAUUAAAUAUAUCUUAUAACCAUAUAAAUCAAUUUAUAUUUUUAUUUAAGGUUUAAAUGCUGCAGCGGGUAUUGGGGUUGAUGAUCUAAGAAGAUUGUGCAUAUUGAGAUUAAGUUUUAUAAAAGGUUGGGGUCCUGAUUAUCAACGAGGCAGCAUUAAAGAGACCCCAUGUUGGAUAGAAGUAUGUACUAAUCUGUAUUUUACAAAAUACCCAAUUUAGUGGCUAGUAUGCCAGUAUAUUUGAUUACUGAGUUUAUUUACAAUAAAGCCUUGUAUGUGCCUUAUAUUUCAAAUUCAAAAUAAAAACUACUUGUUCUGUUCACCCAUUAAAUUAUAAAUAUGGCUGGCUCGAUUUAUUUUACUUACACAUUUGACCAGGCCUUAUUUUUAUUUUGGUUGAUUCAAAGUUGUAUUCAUUGGAAGUAAAUGAAUAAAUAACAUUAAAGGGAAUUGAUUUAAUUUAUAUUUAUGUUCAGUCAAUUUUUUAAAUGAAGUUUAAUCCUAACUUGGCCUAUUUUAAAUAAAAUUAAUUUUUAAUUAUUCUAUGACUCGACUAACACAAUAGUGAUUGAGCCUAGUCUGAUCUCUAAACAGUACCACUCAGUUAAUAUAUUGGUCCAUCCAAACCUGGAAUAAUGAGUCGUCUGUAUAUUAAUAUAGAGCGGUUGUGGCCAUUCCGGUUUGAAUUGUUACUGUUUAGAUUAUUUCCGACUAGAAUUAUAAAUAAAUUGAAUACCUAAACAAUGAUUGUUCUGUAUUCAUACUAUAUUGUAAUUUUAAUGUAUAGUGACUAGGUAUUUUAUAUGUGAGCUGUCCACUAAAUUGAUACAUUUUACUUGGAUUCUAUAAUAAUAGAUUGAGCGAAAAUGACACAUGAAUACUUCACACAGAAUUAUUAUAGCAAAAAAAAAAAAAAUGUAUUAAUUUGCCACUAAAAAAAAAUAAAAACAAAAUAUGCAUUAAAUUAUCCUUUUUUAUAUGAUAUAAGCUAGUAAAAAUAAUAUAAUAUAAUCUAUAUUGUUUGUAAUGUUAUAACAAUAAUAUGAUUAGUAAUUUCUAUGUGUAAAUGGUGUUUAAGGUUCAUUUACACAGGGCAUUGCAACUUUUGGAUGAAGUGUUACAUUCUAUGCAAAUUGAUGGUCCACCAAGAGCUUAACUUAAAUUAAAAACAUCAAAUAUUUAAUUAUAGUAAGUAUGUUUUAAGAAGAAAAUUGAUUAUCAGCAACCGAAGUCAGUUCAUAUAGUUUUUAAAUAGUUGCUGAAUCAUAUAAUUUAAUUUUAAAAACAUAUAUUUAUUGUACAAUAAUACAAACAAUCAUAGUAAAUACAAUACCAUUAAAACAGCUUGUUCACUAAACUAAUGACUAGGUUGCUCAUAACUGCAUUGUCAAAACACGCUUUAUGCUAGUUUAAAUUGUAAUAAAAUAUUUUUUUUAAAUGUUGUCUAGUGAUGUGAAAAAAAAACAAAUGAAUCACCACAUGAAAAAUUAAAAAAUCAACUAUUGGAAAUAAAUGCUUCUGUUGAUUUUUUUUUCAAUUAUGAAAGAACAAGUAAAUGUAAAAAAAAAAAAAAAAAUACUUAAUCUUAAAUAAUUGUUGUUUUAUUUUUCUAGAUAAUUUAUAUAUCAAAAUGAGACUUAUCUGGAAAAAAUGAUUUAAAUGUAAUGUUUGGUAACUUACUAAAAGAAAUAAAAUUAGUUAAACCUUUCAUUUAAAAAAAUCAGAUACAAUACAUAUUGUUAUCAGUGGAUAUUAAAGUAUUAUAAUGCAAUUUCAAAUUAUAUAUUAACAAGGUACUUAGUAUAUCAAUUAGCAUAUUUUUAAUUCAGUUAAAACUAUCUUAUAUAAAACUUAUAUUUAAACCGUAACUUACAAUGUUUACAACCCAGCACUUCUGUAAAUGUAAAAUAGCGGUCAUUGUACUCAUGGUAUACAUUACACAUAUUGAUUUAGGAAUAAUUAAUUUAAUUUAAUAAUUUAACUUAAUUUUACUAUAGUUUGUAGCUUGACUUGUCUAAUCUUUUUGAUCUAAUUGGUUAUUACCAGGGACUGGAACUUGAUGACCUAAACAUUUUUAAAAAAUGUAUACAAAAAAGUAUUAAAAUGACUUAUAAACAUUAAAAAAUGACUUCAAAAAUACCAAAAAUGACUGAUUGAAAAAUAUUAAUUUUUAAAAAUUUAUGUUUUUUAAUAAUGAAUGAAAUCAUGUCAGAAAUCAAAUAUUUUUAAUAAUUUAUUUAUUAUUUUAUUUUAUUUUUUUAAACAAUAAAUGUGUUACACUGAACAAUUAAAGUGUUUUUGAAGUUUAAAGUGUGUUAUCCGACACUGUAUUUAGGCAUUUUUAAUCAAUAAUAAUAAAUAUUUAAAUCGAAGUCAGUCAAAGCAGUCGAAAAUCAAUAAAAUAAACAAGUCCGCCAUUCACUUUCACAAUGCCAUAAAAUUUCAAUCACAUCACUGCGUUAUCAUAUUUCUCAUGUAUGUCAGUAAAAUUAUCGGAGUUCACACAAGUUAAUUUAUUCUGGGUAAACCAAUCAAAUCGGAAUUACAAUAACGUAGAGGUUAACCACUUAGCACAGGUCUUUUUCAGGCCUAAAUUAAAUUUGGAAUGAAGUUACUAAAUAAUGUCAAUAAUACCAAAUUAAUUGAAGGAUUCGGCUACAUAAUAAGUUAGUUUCUUUAAAUAUUUAGUUUUAUCAAAAUAUUAUGGAACAAAAUAUGUUCUUUUAACAAGAAAAAUGCAUAAAAUGUAUUAAAAUUGCUAAAAAAAUGACCUUACAACUGAAAAUUACCGAAAAAAUGAAAAAUAUAAUUUAUACCAUUGAAUUCUGUAUGGCACAAGUCAAAAUUCUAUUAAGAUAGACCUCGAAUACAAGCAUUAGAUAAAAAGAUGUAAAUUCAUCAAGUUCAGGGCCCUAGUAAUUACUAUACUUUUUAACUUAAAUAUUAUAUUUAAUUAUUUUUUAUUGUUGCUUAAUUAUUAAGUAAUUAAAAUUUAAUAAACCUUAUUGUUCUAGGCAAAAUUGUAUGAUAAAACAAUAAACAAAGUGCUUUGUGAGUUAAAAUAUCAUUUAGCUACUCAAGGUGAAUAUACUAAAUCCAUAGAAAAUUUAUAUAAAAAUCGGUUGAAAAAAUGUUAUGAAAAAUACAAAAACAAGAAUCAAUUAUUUCAAUUAUCAAUUAAUUAUAUUGACAAGUUAUGUUGCUUCAUCUGAUAAUCUAGAAAAUCUUUUUUAAAAGGUUUUGAAUUCAAUAUACUGUCAAAGUAAUAUGGUUUUUUUUUUUUUUUAAUUUCUAAUGUUGAAAUACCUUUUUAUUUUUAUUUUUCCAGAAACAGAUACAAGAAAUUCAUUAAACCUAAAAAAAUAUUAGGGAAAUAAAUAUAAUUUUUAUAAGUGUAAGUUUAUUUAAAAUAUAUUUUUAUUUAAUAAAACAUUAAUGCCUAAGGUAAUUUAGUAAUGUAAUUGUAAAUUUAAUUUAAUCAUGUGUAUUUAUUUUUUUACUUUAAAUAUUAUUGUUAUCAGUUUUAUACUACAACUGG